AUGCAGUUCAAGAUUCUUGCCAUCUCAGCACUUGCAGCCCUUGUGGCAGCCGACAAGACCCUUCCAGAAGCUGUCAAGGACUUCCCAUCAUGCAGCCUGAAAUGCUUUGCCGACACAGCUAAGAACCGGGGCUGCAGCCAGACCGAUUUCAACUGCAUUUGCAAAGACACGACGGGUUUCGCAAUCAGAAUGGGAGCCUGCGUUAACCCCUCCAACUGCAAUGGGUUCAAUGCUGGCGAGGCUCUAGGCAAUCUCUGCCAAAGGUGGAAAGAGAAUCCGUCCUCAACCGAGGUUGCAGCGGCUACCAGCAGCUUGGGAGCCGCCGUUUCGGCAGCUCCCACGAACACGAACGCCGCGGGAGUGAACGAGGCUAGCUUUGGCCUGGCGGGUGCUGCAGCCGUCGCAGCUCUACUUGUCUAG